AUGCGCAAUUCGCCUGACAUGGCCAACGGUGGCUCCCAUCCAAAUUCCAAUGGCGCAAGGAAUACCCUGGAUGGUCAAUUGGAUAGCACAGGUGACCCGGACAUUGGGGACUACGCCGAAGAUCAGGGUUAUAAGCCUGGGGAGCAGGGCGGGUCCAAGCCCCCAAGGUCCAAAUCAAAAGCGCAAGGCCCAACUGGAGGAUCCUUUUCAGCCAGAGCUCAUGAUUCCGAUCUGGGCUAUACCACACGCAAACCUGUGCCCGACACAACCACGAGCUUUUCAGACGAAUCAAAUACGCCUCGAGGCUUGCAUCCUACCUCCAACCUUUCAGAAACCGAGGUAACCAGUCAAAAAAAUCAAGAACCGGCAACGUCAAAGGGACCUACCGAUCCAAAUCCACAAUCACCUCCGAGUCGCUCAAAUACCAUGCGAUCUACAUCUUCGCCUCGCCGAGAUUGGGCACCAGAUCGCUCGCCUCUCCAAAAGCUCGAGGUGACUCUGAAUGGAAUCAGCAAAGAAGAGAAACGUGCGCGGGUCCAGGAAGCAGAAAUGCGACUCCGCGAGCGUCUGGCCCGUCAAAAGGUGGAACGAGAGCAAGCUGAAGCCGCAGCUAAGAUGUUAGCGACUGCUAAGGCGGCUGCAACUGCAGCUCCCAGACCUACCUCGAAGCAGAGCUCACAAUCAGAGAAUAGGCCGUCUUCCAGUGCAACCCGAGAAAGGGAGCGCAAAGGUGUCAUUCUUGAAGAUCCUACACGAGACGCACUUCUAAAUCAACAGCAGCCGAGAGGAGCCCCAGUACGUCACAACAGAAAUAUUCCGACAAUUCCUCAAUACCCUGUCAGACCUGACGAUGCUCAGUAUGUGCAUGCAGAGGCUGCGAUCCCACAAAAUGCAAAGAUGGGUCAAGUUCCCCGAAGAUCGGUAACAGUGAGUGGUCCGGCCGCAAAGCCUGCGCCACCUGGUGAAAACAUGAGACAUACCCGAUCAGUCUCGGGACAAGGAGCCCCCAAACAGCGGAUUUUUGUUGUACCAGGCGCUGCUCCAGUUGCUAUUGCUACCGCUCCUGCUAUGUUCAGUGAGGAUACAGUAGAAAAGCCGCUAGCAGCACAAGCGGCUCAAAAAAGUGUCCAUUCACUCCCCAAACCCAGAAAGCAAACUGUAUCAUUUAAUGUACCACCGCCUACCCCCCCUCCGAUUUUUGAUUGGAAAACUGCUGUCACCGGACGUCUUCAAGUGACAGACUUUGACUUCCAGCACCUUGACAUGAACAAAAGCAAGGCAUGGUGGGAAGGCGGCGGCACGGAAGAUCGAAGAAAGAGCAGGGCUCUCCCUAAGAACUAUCAGACACCAGCUCAGAUGCUGACAGGAGUUACCCAACAUAAGAAUUUCGAACCGAGGUUGUUCCUUCAAUGUGGUCCAUUGUUGCGGUACACAGGGAUCAAGAAAGUCAACGUCACUGGGCCGCAAGGCACCAUUGGCAAGGAGAUUUGGAGAGGCUCCAUUCUGAUCGUGACAAGAGAUUCUCGUUCUUCCUAUCAGAGCCCGCCUACACUGCGUCUGUUUUCUCAGCCAAUGAACCUCCUGCCCCCUCCACCUGCAGAGAUCAGCCGCGAGGAUGGUGUACAACUCGCGCCUGAAUAUAUUGACCCCACUGCUGGGCUUAUGAAAAUCGGCCGAGAUGGCCGACCGCUUUAUGUCAAGCCAGUCGAUCACCUCGAGGAAGAGGUUGACCUCUCCGCGGUGGAGAACGACGACGGGAUUUAUGAAAUGAGCCCGAGCAAUAUUGAUUACAAGUUCGAGGAAUCUGGCCAGCCCAUCCCCGCAAACCGAAUGCAUCCCGUCGAUGGUGAAACUGCUGGCUUGCACCGAGACAUUCCUGGUGCCCGCCUCUACGCCGAUCCUGCCAGAGACGUGACAUUCUGGCGAUUCAAUCUCGAAGUUGAGCUCGGUACGACGCAACAGCGGAUUGCGUACCGCAUCAACCAGGGCCCUGCUAUAGGCUUCUGGGUGCCAGCUGCUGGGAAGCCCAUGAACAUCGUGUUCCACAGCGGCAAUGGAUUCAGUCCAUCCGUCGACUCAAGUUCCUUCUGCGGGCCCGAUCCUCUGUGGCGCGAUAUCCUCAACGAGCACCAGACUCAGCCCUUCCAUGUCAUGAUUGGCGGUGGCGAUCAAAUCUUUAAUGAUGGUGUCACCACUGAUUCCCACUUUUUCCAGGAAUGGACCAAGAUCAAGAAUCCUGCCGAGAGAUAUAGCAUGCCCUUCACGCCAGAAUUCCGUGCUGAGCUGGAGCAAUUCUACUUGCAGCGCUAUGCUGCGUGGUUCUCACAGGGCCUCUUCUCUCUUGCAAACUCCCAAAUCCCCAUGGUCAAUAUUUGGAACGAUCAUGAAAUUCUCGAAGGCUAUGGCUCCUAUAACGAAGAGUUUAUGCAGAGUAUGGUUAUCUCAGGCCUGGGAAGAAUUGCGUACAAGUACUACUUGUUAUUCCAACAUCACAGUGUGCCUGAUGAGACCGAGGCAGACGAGCCUAGUUGGAUUCUUGGUGCUCACAAUGGUCCUUAUAUUGAGCAAAAAAGUCGCAAUCUUUUCAUGUCUCUCGGUGGUGAUGUGGUUCUUUUAGGUCUGGAUUGUCGAACUGAAAGAACAAGCACUGGGGUCCUUAGUGAAGAAACCAAUGAGCUGAUUUGGGAUCGAUGCCACCAAGAGGUGGCUCGUGGAGAAACUAAACAUAUGAUUGUGCUCUGCAGUGUACCUGUGGCCUAUCCUCGCGUAGCUAUGCUCAAGAAUUUUAUGAACAGUCGAAAAUCACUAGGAAAGUCCGGAAAGCUCGGUGGACUUGUUAGUCGCUCUGGCGGAAAUGUGGAGGUGUUUGAUGACCACUGGGCUGGCAAGCAACUGAAGGCUGAGCGAACAUGGCUAGUGGAGGAUCUGCAAGAUUUUGCUGCAGAGAAGUCCAUCCGUGUGACAAUUUUGAGUGGUGAUGUCCACCUUGCCGCCAUCGGACAGUUCUAUUCGAAUCCAAAAUUGAACAUUCCAAAAAACGAGGACUAUCGAUACAUGCCUAAUGUCAUUUCUUCUGCUAUCGCCGACAUCCCGGAGACGGAGCUGAUCUCGGAUAUGCUCAACAAGCGCAACACAGUGCAUCAUAUCGACUCGAACACAGACGAGGAUAUUAUUCCCAUUUUCACGCAGGAUGUCGAUGGAAAGUCCCGAAACAACAAACGGCUGUUGCCUCGGCGAAAUUGGUGUUCGAUCAGGGAGUACCGCCCAGGGUUAACACCCGCUGGAACGCCUGACUCUUCUAUGACACCUACCCCGGAACCUCGCCCGAACAAACUCCAGCGAACCCUGUCUCUCGGGCGAGGUGACAGAGCCCAGGAAACUGGUCCCAGUAAAGCCGGUGGACUGUUCAGGCGACUAUCUGGACGUGGACCACCACCUACCAGGGCCAUGAGCUUCGGUCGCGAAGGUGGAAUGCCUAUUCGCCGAGCCAGUGUCGAUUCUACCGCCAUCUCUCGCCCAACCGAAAGCGGAGAUAGUUACUUCCCAGGGGCACCGCAGGAGCCCCAGCCUGGACGUUUCCUUAGACGUCCAACCAACCUCAGCGACAAGGGCGCCAGGAAAGCAAAACAUGGCGAUGACGGCGUAGGUGCCUUUGUAGACCUUGAGGGAGGUCUAGCAAUCACCUUGAACAUGGAGGUCAGCCCGCAAGAUCCCGCAGGCAUCACCAUACCAUACAAACUUCUUGUGCCUGCUUUGCGGUACGAGGGUGAUGGUGAUGAUCCCCUACCCAAACCAGUCGCCAAGGGUUGGCGGAAAUGGCUGAACAUGCCUCGUCGCAAGAAGAACCCCGCCACAGCUGGUGACGAUGAUGGAGAAGAGGACGAGGAAGAAGAAGUAGAUGACUACGAGGACCACGAUACCGUGAACAAUACUCGCGCGAAUGCAGCAAUCGCACAGCAGCAUUACUACGAAAGAUACUCUGGCAGCGACGACUCUGAGAGCGAAGUGCCUCAACGCUUGCCAGCAGUGACCCUCACAGAUUCUUCCCCCGAAGAGGAAUACCCAGAGGAGGAGUAUGAAGAUGAGCCCGUUUCGAGGAGGAAGAAGUGGUUUGGAAGGAAGUAA